UUGGGAAAAAGCAAUAGCAAUGUGUGAAAUUGGAUAGAUUCACUGGAGUUAUUGUCCCAUUAAGUGCAACUUCUGCUUGAUUUUCCUGUUGGGGCCUAUUGCAAGAGUCUACUAUGUAUGGAAUGAUGAUCAGAUGAUUGGUGGUAUCAAUGGUAUGCACUUGGCAGUAGCAUGAUAACAUAGCAGCAAACACUAUGUGGAGGCUGUUGGUUUUUUUUUAGCUUUUAAUAGGCGAUUUUACAUGACCAUCUAUAGGUAGUAACUUGCAUGCUCAAAUCAAGGGUUAAGUAGUUCCCAUCAUAGAAAUAUCAUAGUCUUUUUUCCAAGUAUAAUCCUUAUUUAUUUGAUAGAUCACAAAUCAUACAAAUAUUUUAAGAUGCCUCUAUAUGAAAGCAUAAGCAGUCUUACACUGCAUGAUGAAAAACAUACUACAGUGAUUUUUGACUUUGGAUCUGCCUAUACAAAGGUUGGGUUUGCUGGAGAAACGGGACCCCGAGCAAUUGUUGCGAGUGUUGUCGAGUGCCCAGACACUGGCAAUAAUGUACCCGUCUUUGAGAGCUCUGAUCCUCAGAUCCUGCGCCGCAGAAUUACACUUUUUAUCCUCAAAAUUUACAUCAGGUGUCUAUUGGUCAACCCCAAGGAAAGACGAAUUGUGGUUGUUGAAAAUCUAUUGGGGAGUUCAAUCAUUAAAGAAACAAUUGCCUGUGUUCUUUUCAGGCAUUUUGAAAUGGUGUCUGUGUCGUUUGUGCCAUCACAUCUUGUUGCACUGCUCACGCUGGGAGUGGAGACGGGGCUUGUGGUGGACAUAGGUUACUCUGAAGCCUCAGUCAUCCCUGUCUUUGGAGGCGUGGCUAUCCUCAAUGCCUGGCAAGCUCUCCCACUGGGAGCCAAAGCUAUGCAAAUGAGCCUGAAAGCGUUGCUGGAGGAGCGCAGCAGCGUCAUAGGUGAAGAUGGAGAGGCCACCAGCCUGCAGGACUCAGAUCUGCAGCUUCUUACAUCUCAGAGGCUUGAGGAUAUCUUAGUUCGGUGCUGUUUUGUAAGCACGCCGGAGCGCAGCGAGAGGCUACAUCAGAACAAAGCUGACCGCAGCAAUGAGCCUCCACCUCCCCCUCCUGAUGUCCUCUACCCUCUCUCUGGGGAGCGCACUCUCAAAAUAUCAGGCACUGUCAGGGAGAUGGCUGCCGAGGUGCUCUUCGAGACGGAUGCCGACAACCUCUGCCUGCCCAGCAUCAUCCUGGACGCCAUCAACAAAUGCCCUGUGGACGUGCGACGGGAGAUGACAGCGAACUUGGUAGUGGUUGGCGGGACGGCGGCGAUGCUGGGUUUAAAGAAGCGCUUGUUACAAGAGUUGCGUCUGCAGUCUACCAGGGGCGACAUGGCGCCAUACACCUUCAAGCUUCACAAGCCUCCCGUGCCUGAUAACUGCGUCACGUGGCUGGGAGGUUGCCUGCUUGGAAGCACAGAGGCGGGACUGGCGCCGCGCAGCGUCACGCGGGAACAAUACCUCGCCGCCUGCAAGAGCAACGCGCCCAUGCCUGACUGGUCGAGCCUUGUGUACAACACUCAACACGACCCUAGGGCUCCCGCAUAGUGCAAUACCAUGAAUACCUAAUAUAUAAUCUAUUACACUAAAUGCUUUACUUACUUUAUGCACUGAUAAGAAAUUGAUGUAUUUAAUUCAUAUCUUAUUUUAUACGUUCGAUUAAGCUUUACUGGGCACGUGAACGUUGCGAUGUAAGCUAUAUAUUAAAAUGAAUAUCGUAACGCA